UUGUAAAAUUCAUAAUUUUGCGCUUUAACAUUUCUUUGACUACACUUCAAACUGUAGAUUUCUGUUUUAUUUUAACAGACAGGCAAACACGGUUUUGAAACAAAACUGAGUAAAAGUGAACUAUAUUCCGAUGCCAACCUGUCGAAGGGUAUCCCACGUUUAACAGAUAUAUAUGAAGCCAAAAAUGAAUUCUAAUUCAAUAUCAUUACUACCAUCGAGAGUUUAUUGGCCUACAUGCAAAUAUCAAUUAACAAAGAGCAUCACUUACGAAUUCAAAUUGUAAGUUGCCUAUACAUCACUGCGAAAGACCUCUCAUGUUUCUUCCUGGCAGCUUAAUUUUUUAAGACUGUAGACAAACGCGAGAAAAAGGAUAGAAAGUUACAGCGACAUGAGAUGUCUGAGGCUUAAUAGAACAAAUCCAUAAACAUCAGAAGCCCUGGUAAUGUUACUAAAAGGCGCGCUGGCUGUUAGGCACGCGGAUGGGGUUCUCCAGCAAUCCAAAUAGUUAUCAUAACCAACUGUGGUCCACUGCAAGCACACGUUCAUCAAUGAAAAGUAUCGCUCACUCCUCGACUUGAACAUUUGCACAUGUUGGCAUACAAUAUUCUAAAGAGGUACAUGUCAAUUUCAGCCCUCGGUCACAUGACUGGCGCGCUCUGGAAUGGAUGGAGAUGGAUCUCCACGUCAGCUCACGUCUCAAAAUUUCUGCUCUGCUCAGUGCUUCAAAGCCACUGAAGCUGAAGCACUUCUGUACUACGAUGCGAGGCAGUACUAUGGUUGUGGCGUGCCCGACCAAGUGUCAUGAUGGAUUUUGAUGAGCGGGUACCCGUUGGGUCUAACAUGUAUUUGCCCGGCUGUACUUAUUACGUGUCUGGAACGGAAUUUUCCAGCCUUCCUCCUUUUCUGCCCCAGACCCCGUCUUCGUGCCCCAUGACAUACUCAUACUCCACGUCCAGUUUGCCACAAGUUCAGGGCGUUAGAGAGGUAUCUUUCAGGGACUAUGCCAUUGACGCGUCCAGCAAGUGGCACUCCAGGGGCAAUCUGCCACACUGCUACGCGACCGAGGACAUGGUGCACAGGGACUGCCUGUCCAAUCCCGGAACUCUGGGGGACAUGCUGUCGAAAAACAACUCGGUUCUCUACCACUCCAACACGAGCCACACGUCCAAUAUGUAUGGCAGGAACGGAGUGCUUCCCCAAGCUUUUGAUCAGUUUUUCGAGACCGCCUACGGGAACGCGGAAAACCAGCCGAGCGAGCCCCCGAUGGACCGAGCGACCAGCAAAGCGCCUCCGCCCGCGGGAAGAGGAAGCGACAGCUGUCGGGGAGCAGAUGAGACGGAGCGCUGUGAAGAGCCGAGCAGCCCGGAGCCAUCUUCCGGUAACAACGAAGAGAAAUUCAGCGGCAGCAGUAAUGGACAGAAGACACGGAAAAAGAGGUGUCCUUACACCAAAUAUCAGAUCAGAGAGCUGGAGAGAGAAUUUUUCUUCAGUGUUUACAUCAACAAGGAAAAAAGGCUACAGCUCUCCAGAAUGCUCAACCUCACCGACCGUCAGGUCAAAAUAUGGUUUCAAAACAGAAGAAUGAAAGAAAAGAAAAUCAACAGGGACCGUUUGCAGUAUUACACCACGAACCCUUUGCUUUAGACCGACUAUUGCUGAGAAAUCAUUUAGGCGAGAUGGUUCAUUUCAAGUCGGAUGACCUUCAUCCCUCUCAGAGACUUCUUCAUCGUGUAAACAUACCUUUAUAUUCUCAGUAAUCUCUACCGUUUGAAAUUAAAACUAUUGUUUUUUUUUAUUAUUAUUAUUAUUACUUGUAUUGCCAUUUGUUAUUAUUAUUUUUCAUUCUACUCAGUUAAGUGACUAUUCAGUUUACAGGGAUUUUAUUUUUUUUUAUUACUAUUUUCUGGCCAAGAUCUGUACUUUUCGCAUAUGUAAUAUAGCAGUAAGUAGGCUGUUCUUGAAAUCUAUUUUGAUGGAAGAAAAAUGUUGGGGAGGGCGAGAUAUAAAUACUAGGGGAAAAAAAGAUGGUUAUUAAUCUGUUAAAUACCGUUCCUUAAUUGUGGUUUAUGUUAUUAGACUCUGUUUCAUUCAAUAACGCACAUUUCUUGAAUAUAGCCUUAUUGAGAACUAAAUGCAUCUUGCGCGCUAUAUUCUCUUGUACUUGAAUUGUGUGGACUUAAAUUGUAGUAUAUUUGAUAUUAAGUGUCUUUACUGCGCAUUCACCAUGCAGGAAAAUCGGGUCACUUCACAAAUGAAGAAGAAAAAAAAGAGAAAUUCUUAUUUAUUUUUAACGGAGAAUUUAUCAUUAAGGCAAAAGCAAUAACAGCAUCGACACCUCUUGAGUCAUCUGAAACCUCGAACCUGGAUUGUAUUUUCUUUCAGAUUUCUGUCUUUCUCCACCUUUUCUCUAAAACGCGUGAAACUGUUGCAGGAGCUCAUUCAUGUUCAUGAUAAUCUCUCAUUGUUUACAACAUCUCCUCGGUGUUAUAUAAAUCAGUCUCUUGAAAUAUCGUGUGUUUUCUCUCCUUUUCCUGGAGCAGGAUCAAAUGUUUGAUGGAUCUUGCGUUAUAUUGCCUCCACGCUUUUCUUUGAUUCGAGGAUCAAGUGUUUGCUGUUAUUAAUGCCUAGUAUCCGUUACGGAACUGCCCAAAACAUGGCUGUGUGUGUCUCCAUGAAUCAACCGGCCUUUCAACAAAUGGUUUUAAUGUCGACCCUUAAGAUAAGUCUUUAUAUUAAAUUGCAAUUUUGAAAUGGCAUGUAACAUCUAUACAAAAUAACUUAAGAAAUA